AUGAGGGUGUUUGUGCUAGCCUUCACUUUGGCCCUUGCGGCGGGUUACCAGGUCAACUUUGCCCCUGAGUUUGCAGCUGGAAAGACCUAUGUCUACAAAUAUGAAGCCCUUGUUAUGGGUGGCCUGCCUGAGGAGGGCCUGGCACGGGCCGGAGUGAAAGUCCGUAGCAAAGUUAUGAUCAGUGCAGCGGCUGCCGACAUCUUCAUGCUGAAACUUGUUGACCCUGAAAUCUUCGAGUACAGUGGCAUCUGGCCCAAGGAUGCUUUCAUCCCGGCCACCAAGCUCACAUCAGCCCUGGCUGCUCAGCUCCUGACACCCAUCAAGUUUGAGUAUGCCAACGGUGUUGUCGGCAAAGUUUUCGCUCCAGCUGGCAUCUCUGCAACUGUGCUGAACAUCUACAGGGGAAUCCUCAACGUCUUCCAGCUGAACAUCAAGAAGACUCAGAACGUCUAUGAGCUGCAAGAGCCUGGCGCACAGGGUGUGUGCAAGACCCACUAUGUCAUCACUGAGGACGCAAAGGCUGAUCGCAUCCUGUUGACCAAGACCAAGGACCUGAGCCACUGCCAGGAGAGAAUCAUCAAGGACAUCGGUCUGGCUUACACAGAGAGAUGCGCUGAGUGUGAGGCUAGAGGAAAGACCCUGAAGGGAACCGCUGCUUUUAACUACAUCAUCAAGCCAGCAGCCACAGGCGCUCUGAUCCUGGAGGCAUCUGCAACAGAGCUCAUCCAGUUCUCACCUUUCAACAUCUUGAAUGGUGCUGCCCAGAUGGAGGCUAAGCAAGUCCUGACAUUCCUGGAGAUUGAGAAGACCCCAGUGGAGCCCAUCAGAGCUGAAUAUCUUCACCGUGGAUCCCUGCAGUAUGAGUUUGGUAGCGAGCUUCUCCAGACACCCAUCCAGCUUCUGAGGAUCAGCAACGCUGAGGCUCAGAUUGUUGAGAUCCUGAACCACCUAGUGACCAACAAUGUGGCCAAGGUCCAUGAAGACGCCCCUCUGAAGUUUAUUGAGCUCGUCCAGCUGCUGCGUGUGGCCAGACUUGAGAGCAUUGAGGCCCUCUGGACUCAGUUUAAAGCUAGACCCGAUCACAGGCACUUUAUCCUGCAUGCUAUCCCUGCCAUUGGUACCCACGUUGCUCUGAAGUUCCUCAAGGAGAAGUUCACUGCUGGUGAGCUGACUAUUGCUGAAGCUGCUCAGGCACUGCUGGCAUCUGUGCACAUGGUGACAGCCGACCUGGAGGCCAUCAAGCUUGCUGAAGGCCUGGCUGCAAACCAGAAGAUCCAAGAAAACCCAGUUCUGCGUGAGAUUGUCAUGCUGGGCUAUGGCACCCUGAUUGCUAAAUACUGUGCGGAGACCCCAACCUGCCCAGCUGAGCUUGUGAGGCCCAUCCACGAACUUCUUGUCCAAGCUGUUGCCAGAGGUGAAACUGAGGAGCUCAUCAUCCUUCUCAAAGUCCUAGGUAAUGCUGGACAUCCUGCCAGCCUCAAGCCAAUCAUGAAGCUCCUGCCUGGCUUUGGCAGUGCUGCUGCUGCUUUGCCACUCAGAGUUCACAUUGACGCUGUUCUGGCCCUGAGGAACAUUGCGAAGAAGGAGCCCAAGCUGAUCCAGGAUGCCGCUGUUCAGAUGUUCAUGAACAAGGCUCUCCACCCAGAGCUCCGCAUGGUUGCUGCUAUCGUACUGUUUGAGACCAAGCUGCCCAUGGGUCUGGUGACUACUCUUGCCGAUGCCCUCUUGCAAGAAAAAAAUCUGCAGGUCGCUAGCUUUGUGUAUUCAUACAUGAAGGCCAUGACCAAGAACACCGCUCCUGACUUGGCCUCUGUUGCUGCUGCCUGUAACGUUGCUGUGAAGAUCCUCAGUCCCAAAUUUGACAGACUGAGCUACCGCUUCAGCAGAGCUCUCUAUAUUGAUGCCUACCACAGCCCCUACAUGAUGGGUGCUGCCGCUAGCGCCUUCUACGUCAACGAUGCUGCAACUGUUCUGCCAAGAGCCAUUGUUGCUAAGGCUCGCACCUACAUGGCAGGAGCUUAUGCUGAUGUUCUUGAGCUUGGAGUGAGAACCGAGGGAAUCCAGGAGGCCCUUCUGAAAAUCCCUGAGGCUCCUGAGAAUGCUGACAGGAUGACCAAGAUGAAAGCAGUUAUGAAGGCUCUUUCUGAUUGGAGGGCUCAUCCUACCAGCCAGCCCCUAGCCUCUGUGUAUGUGAAAUUCUUCGGACAGGAAAUUGCAUUUGCCAACGUCAACAAAGCCAUUAUUGAUCAGAUUAUUGAGCUUGCCACUGGACCAGCAAUUCAGACUUAUGGCAGGAAGGCUUUGGAUGCUCUGCUGUCAGGUUUCACACUGCAUUAUGCUAAACCAAUGCUGGUUGCCGAGGUUCGUCGCAUUCUUCCCACCACUGUUGGUCUGCCCAUGGAGCUCAGUUUCUAUACUGCUGCUAUGGCUGCUGCAUCUGUUGAAUUCCAAGCCACUGUGACACCACCUCUGCCUGAAAACUUCCAUGCUGCCCAGCUUCUGAAGUCUGACAUCAACAUGAGGGCUGCCAUUACUCCAAGUAUUUCCAUGCAUACCUAUGCAGUUAUGGGAGUGAAUACUGCUUUCAUCCAGGCUGCCCUGCUGUCAAGAGCCAGAGUUCACACAAUUGUUCCUGCAAAGGUGGAAGCAAGAAUCGACAUGAUUAAGGGCAACUUCAAGCUUCAGCUCCUGCCUGUCCAGGGCGUCGAUAAGAUUGCAUCCGCACUCGUUGAGACUUUUGCUGUUGCAAGAAAUGUGGAAGACCUCGCAGCUGCCAAAUUCACACCAAUGAUUCCAGCUGAAGUUGCAAAACGGUUGUCAAGGGAGUCCUUCUCUUCAAAGAUCUCAUGGAUGGCAUCCUCUCUGGCUGGUAGCAUGUCAGCAUCAUCUGAAAUCAUUCCCGUUGACCUGCCAAGUAAAAUUACCAGAAAACUGAAACUCACCAAGGCCUUUGAGAAGAAAAUGUGUGCUGAGAUUGAAACCUUUGGAAUCAAGGCAUGCACUGAGAUUGAGUCUCGCAACGCUGCCUUUAUCAGAGACUGCCCUCUCUAUGCCAUGAUUGGAAAACAUGCUGUCUUAGUUGAGGUUGCUCCAGCUGCCGGACCAAUCAUCGAGAAGAUUGAAAUUGAGGUCCAGGUUGGAGAAAAAGCAGCAGAAAAGAUCAUCAAAGUUAUCAACCUGAGCGAGGAAGAGGAAAUUCUCGAGGACAAGAAUGUCCUGAUGAAACUCAAGAAAAUCCUGGUUCCUGGUCUGAAGAACAGCACAUCAGCUUCUUCCAGUUCCAGCAGCUCUCGUUACAGCAGCUCCCGCUCAAGCGUCUCCUCCUCUGCAUCAUCCAGCUCCUCCUCUCGCCGCAAGAGCAAGAUGGUUGACAUUACCGCUCCAGUCAGCAAGGUAUCAAAGAGACUGAGCAGCUCCUCCAGCAGUGCAUCAAGCAGCCGUUCAUCUCUCCUUUCCAGCAGCCGCUCUUCCAGCUCCAGCUCCUCCAGGUCCAGCUUACUGUCCAAGCAAGAACUGUAUGAGAUGAAGUUUACCAAGCACCACAUCCACCAGCAUGCCCUUUCCACAGUCCGUGCCAGCAGCAAGAGCAGCGCCUACAGCUUCGAGGCCAUCUACAAUAAAGCCAAGUACCUCGCUAAUGCCGUCACUCCUGCUGUGACCAUUCUCAUCCGUGCUGUGAGAGCCGACCACAAGAUUCAGGGAUACCAGAUUGCAGCUUAUUUUGACAAAGCUACUGCUAGACUGCAGCUCAUUUUUGCCAACCUGGCCGAGAACGACCACUGGAGAAUCUGCGCAGAUGGUGUGAUGCUGAGCCGCCACAAGCUGAUGGCCAAGAUUGCCUGGGGCAUUGAGUGCAAGCAGUACGAGACUGAGAUCACGGCUGAGACUGGUGCUGUGGGUAAAGAACCUGCUGCCCGCAUGAAGAUUACCUGGGAGAAACUUCCACCAAGCAUGAAGCGCUACGCAAAAGAGAUCUCUGAGCUCAUUUCCCGCCUCGCUAAGGAAUACGAAAUAAACCUGGCAAAGGUCAAAAAUGUUCGUAACCAGAUCAAACUGUCUGUGGCUGUUGCUACUGAGACUAGCCUGAACGUUGUGCUGAAGACACCAAAGAGGACAAUUUACAAACUUGGUGUGGGUCUCCCCAUUUCCCUGCCAAUCGGAGAAACUGCUGCUGAGCUGGUGCCAUACCAGAACAACUGGGCUGACAGGGUCUCCUACAUGAUCUCCAAGGCUCAUGCAGUUGAGUGCACCAUGGCCAAAGACACACUGACCACAUUCAACAAGAGGAAAUACAAGAAUGAGAUGCCUCACUCUUGCUACCAGGUUUUGGCUCAGGAUUGCACCCAGGAACUUAAAUUCAUUGUUCUGCUGAAGAGGGAUCAAACACAGGAACAGAACCAGCUCAACAUUAAGAUCGCAAACAUUGAUGUGGACCUGUAUCCAAAGGACAGUGUCAUCAUGGCUAAGGUUAACGGAGUAGAAAUCCCCAUCAGCAACCUGCCAUAUCAGCAUCCCACAGGCAAAAUUCAGAUCAAACAGAGAGGUGAGGGCAUUGCUCUCCAUGCUCCCAGCCAUGGUCUCCAGGAGGUCUACCUUGAUCUGAACGCACUGAAGGUUAAAGUUGUGGACUGGAUGAAGGGACAGACCUGUGGACUCUGUGGAAAGGCCGACGGUGAAAUCAGACAGGAGUACCGCACACCUAACGAGCGCGUGUCCAAGAACGCUGUCAGCUACGCUCAUUCCUGGAUUGUGCCUGCAAAGAGCUGCCGUGAUGCUUCUGAGUGUUACAUGAAACUCGAAUCUGUGAAGCUGGAGAAGCAGGUGAUCCUUCAAGGCCAGGAGUCCAAAUGCUACUCUGUUGAGCCCGUGAUGCGCUGCCUGCCCGGCUGCCUGCCAGUGAGAACCACCACCGUCACUGUCGGCUACCACUGCGUGCCCAUUGAUUCUAACCUGAACUCUGAGGGUCUGAGCAGCAUCUAUGAGAAGUGCAUUGACCUGAGGGAAACAGCAGAAGCACACCUGGCCUGUCGCUGCACCACUCAAUGCGCUUAA